GCAAGUUUGCGCUGCGCCAAGCGGAGCGCGGGGCCCGGUGCCCCCUCGCCAAGCUGCCCGCCGGAGGGGCGCAGCCGCGGCCCAUGGAGCCCGCCGGCCCGGACCCCGGCCGCCUCGGGCCGCUGCUCUGUCUGCUUCUCGUCGCGUCCUGCGCCCGGACAGGAGUGGUGGGUCAGGAGCAGCUGCAGGUGAACCAGCCUGACAAGUCAGUGUCGGUGGCAGCUGGACAGACGGCCACUCUGCGCUGCCUCCUGAACUCCCUGCUCCCUGUGGGCACUGUCAAAUGGUUCCGGGAGACAGCCAAGGACCGGGAGGAGAUCUACAAUUUCCGAGGAGGCAACUUCCCCCGAGUGACAGCUGCUUCAGAUGCCACCAAAAGAGACAACAUGGACUUUUCCAUCCACAUCCACAACAUCACCCCGGCCGACACUGGGACCUACUACUGUGUGAAGUUCCGGAAAGGGGAACCAGAUGAGAAGUUCAAGUCUGGAGCAGGAACCCAGGUCACCGUGAGUGCCAGACCUUCUCCCCCUGAGGUUUCGGGCCCCACGGAGAGGGCCCCACCUGGGCAAACCGUGAGCUUCACCUGCAAGUCCCAUGGCUUCUCCCCCAGAAACAUCAGCCUGCGAUGGUUCAAAAACAGGAACAUGCUCUCGGCCUCCCAGACCCGCGUGGACCCCGAGGGGGACAGUGUCUCCUACAGCGUUUCCAGCAUGGUCAGGGUGCCGCUGGCCCCUGGGGACGUGCACUCCAAGGUCAUCUGUGAGGUCACCCACAUUACCCUGGAUGGGGGCACUCCUCUUCGUGGGACGGCCAACUUGUCUGAGACCAUCCGAGUUCCACCCACCCUGGAGGUCUCCCAGUUCCCUGCGGUGGGGAACCAGGUGAACAUCACCUGCCAAGUGAUGAAGUUCUACCCCCGGAACCUACAACUGACCUGGCUGGAGAACGGAAAUGUGUCCCGAAUCGAAACCACCUCCCUCCUCCUAGAGAACAAGGACGGGACCUUUAAUCGGACCAGCUGGCUCCUGGUGAACUCUUCUGCCCACCGGGAAAAUGUGGCGUUUACCUGCCAGGUGGAGCAUGAUGGGCAGCCAGCACUCAACAAAUCCCACAUCCUGGAGGUGUCUGCACCCCAGAAGGACCAGGGCUCAGAUAACACCGCUGCCUCGAAUAACAACUGGUACGGUAUCUCCAUUGCGGUGGGUGUGGUGUGUGCCCUGCUGGUGGCCCUGCUCAUCGCUGCCCUCUACUUCCUUCGAGUUCGACAGAAGAAAGCCAAAGGCUCUACUUCUUCUACCAGGUUGCAUGAGCCCGAGAAGAAUGCCAGAGAAAUAACCCAGAUCCAGGAAACCAACGACAUCAACAACGACAUCACCUACGCCGACCUAAACCUGCCCAAGGGGAAGAAGCCAGCCCCACGGGCCGCUGAACCCAACAACCACACAGAGUACGCCAGCAUCCAGACUGGCCCACCGUCUGGGGGACCCGAUGACACACUCACCUAUGCCGACCUGGAUAUGGUCCACCUCAACCGAGGCUCCAAGCAGCCUGCGCCCAAGCCUGAGCCGUCCUACUCGGAGUAUGCUAGUGUCCAGGUGCAGAGGAAGUGAAGGACGCUGUGGUCACCUCUGGGCUCUGUCCUUGCAUGGGCAGCCAGGAUAAGGACUGCCCUCCCGAGCCUCAGGGGGGCACAGGCCCUGGAACGCAAAGGGUCAGGGUGGCUCUUGUCUCUCUCCACUCACCCACCCAGCCACCUGGCAUUUCCAGGGCAGCCUUGCCUCACACCCCCCAGCAUUGCCAUCUCACAGGGGCUGGUGUUGCCAAACCAGCCAAAGACCUGAGCUGGGAGGUGGCCAGAUCCAUGGGGGUGGGGGUGGGAAUGGGGGAACAGAAUAAUCUCGUGCUUCUGCUCCACCGUGGAUCUUGGUCACAGACGGAGGGAUCAGGCCUCCUUCUGCUGCACAGUGUGAUCUUCCAGGACUAGGAGGGGGAAUUUCCAACCACUCCCCCACAACCUCUACCACCAUCACCACCGCUACCGCACAAAUGUGUCUCUGGGGGAAGCAUUUUCCCUUUGCAUUAAACUGCCCCCUCCUUGGGACAGCUGGAGAAGGAGCCCAGAGGACUUGCAUCCUAAGACUUGGUGACAGGCAUUGCUGUCCGUGUCAUAGGACUGAGGAGUCACAUGUCUCCAGAGGAGGAAUCCAGUCCCAGCACCACCACUACUACAGACCCUCCUCCUCCUUUUGUCGGCCCCUCUAAGACUCCUGGAGGACCCGUCAUCCCAACUGUGACACGGCUUCGCCCCGGCUCCUCAAGUUCCCCAGCUUGCUUCCUCCGGCUAGCACUAACUCAGCGCCAUCCUGCUGUGGACGCCGCCUGUAAAUUAUUGACAAAUGUGAGACGUGCAAUCUUGAAACUGAGGUGUUAGAAAUUUUUGAUCUGUGGUGUUUCGUUUUCGAAGUUUGUUUUUUUUUUUUCUUUCCUUCUUUGGUUGGUUUUUUUAAUUUUCUUUCUUUCCUUUUCUUUUUUUAAAACAACAGCAAUGUUCUCUUGACUCUUUGUCAUGUGUUGAAGUACAUGGUUGGGUCUUGUGCAGUCUAAGGUUUUAACGGUUGGUUGCCGUGGAGGGAUUUUUUUUUUUUUACAGCAAAAACUGGACUCCUCCAAAUCCCUGAGGAGGGGGGGAGGAAGGCUCCAAGGGGACCUUAGUGCUUCGCUCCAGGACUCUGUUAGCCACAUUCACAGCCAAGCCUUGUGGCUAUUCCUGCUGCCUUCUGUGGUACUUUCGCCACCUGCCCCCCACUUUCCCUGAGCUGCUGCUUCUGCACAGCCGUCGUGUCUCAUCUCAGAAGAGGGUAGUCAGGUUCUUCCCCUUCACUGUCUCUCAGCACUUUAGGGCCAAACAGGGUUUGGAAGUGCUGCCCAGCUCUUCCCCACUCUUCAGUGACCCAUUCUUCAUUGACCUUCCCCCUGUACUUGGGCUCCUAGCUGGCCAACUCCCCACUUUCGCCCCACAGGAGCCAUUUCCUGUGCUCCGUUUAAACCCUAUUAGAAUCAAAUCUAAAUCUAUCUUAAAUAGCUAGGAGCACUGGACAACUGGGAAACCCCAACUGGUUCUGCUCUGGCCCUUGACCUCAGGAGGUCUGGCAUUGGCUGGAGUCCAUGACCCUUAGGAAUCCCCCCUUCCAGUUUAUGGGGAGGGCUGCCUGGAUCCCAAGGCAAGCCCAUGUGGCAUGCACGCCCCAUUUCAUUCAGUCUUCAUGUGUCAUCAGCUCCUAGAUUGAAGCACUAAUCUCCACUGACCCCUGAGUCUGGCAUUGGCCUCCUAGGUACCCCAGGCUUGGAACCAGAAACCCUCAGCCUUUCCUACCAGCUCUGUAGGUGAGCUUGGGAAGCUCAGUGUACACACACUCGCACCCCACCCACCCACACACACACACACACAGUUUGGGGGGGGCAGUAAUUUGGUGUUUGAUGUGAUGCCAUACAGGAAUGGUCCGUGCCAACAGGCCAUGUGGUCAGCUCUGGCAUCAUGAGUCAGGCUUUCUCCAUGGCAUCUGGGAUCACAGGGCCUCAGCCACCUGGCCUGGGCUAUUUCCAAAUUCCAAAAGGUUGACUCUUAUGGGCCUGUAGCGCCUCUCCUUUGCCAGGGGGAGCCCAAAGCAGUGCACCCGCUUCUUGCAUAUGCACAUGUGGACAUGCACCAGGAUUGUCAACAAGUGUUUUCUUGAUUGGGGAAGGGGAGUAAGUAAUUGAGGACAAGGAAAUGGUGUUGCUUCCCUCCAGCCUGGCAGCCUGGAGAUUCCCAUCCCUUGUAUAUGGAAGCCCAGGAAAAGGAAGAGGUUGAGUCAACAGUGCAGAAGAAGCGUGGUUGCGGGAGUUUAUUUUAAGACUGCUGGCAAGGAAACAGGUCCUGAUUUUGUAUAUAGUUGCAACUUAAACUUUUUGGCUUGCAAAAUAUUUUUGUAAUAAAGAUUUCUGGGUAACAACAACC